AUGUCUAAACUUUUAUAUUUCAUAAUAUUUCUAUGUAUUGGUGCUAAAAGCGCAAAAAAAUAUAAUGAUGAAGAAAAGCCGGCGUGGGCUAAAAAAGAUAUCCGCGAUUUCAGUGAUGCUGACAUGGAACGUCUUUUCGAUCAAUGGGAGGAAGAUGAAGAACCCUUGCCGGAAGAUGAACAACCGGAAUACAUGCGAAAGCCUCCUUCUAUAGAUUUGAACAACUUAGAUAUGUCAAAUCCAGAAGCAGUUUUACAAGCAACCAAAAAAGGUCAAACUUUAAUGAUGUUUGUUACUGUAGCCAACAAGCCUUCUCGGGCAAGGUCGGAAGAAUUAACUAAAAUAUGGCAGAGUGGAUUAUGGAGCAAUCACAUACAGGUUGAAAGAUACUUAAUAGAUGAUGAUAGGGCAAUAUUCAUGUUUAAAGAUGGUUCUCAAGCUUGGAUUGCCAAAGAUUACCUCUUGGAACAAAAUGAACUCAAGAAUGUUCAAUUAGAAAGUCAAACAUAUGAUGGAAAAAAUCCAGAUGUCAAAAAUACUGCUGUAAGGGAUGAGCUU